GGGCACUUUUUUAUUUUAUUGAACGCGCCUCUGGGUCGCAACUUCAGUGCACCUCGUGGUUGUCAAAGUGAACCGCUUCGUUAUCAAGUAAACAGACUUCCCCGUGGCUCUGUGUAACUUGGACAAAGUAAACACCUCAUACCGUUACUCAACGGCUAGAGUAAGCAACACUUUGCAACCUUUUCAACAAAGCUAAGAGGAAAGCAGGCAAAGGUUUGAGCUCGUAAAUCAUAGUGUGUGCAGUCAGGAAAACCUUCUAUGAGUUAGGAAAAAAACGCCUCCAUCCAUCCUCAAGAGUCUGACGUGCAGCUUUUCUGAGUUUGCGAGCACCUGCGAACAUGACGCGACGAUCCUGCGCGAUUUAUGCUGUCGGGGUCAUCUGCGCCACCCUGCUGGUCGUUGGGAUUGGUUUAGUUGUGGGUCAAGUUUUCCGCACGUUCAUGUACAACCGCCUCAAAAAGGAUAGUAAAGGGUUUCCAUGUCCUGCAUUGCACUUCCAAGACCACAUAAGGCUCAGUCCUAAGGAAUGCAGCUCAGAUCAUUAAGGUCACAAUCCUGCACAACAAGCGGGCAUCCAGCUCUCUGCAUCACAUGACAUGUCAGUGGCUCUCCCGGAGUGGCCGUUGUCAUUGGCAACCGCUGACAAUGGAGCUGUGGAAGGGGUCUCCCCUAACGCCAUUCAUGUGCGCAGCCAAUGCUGUUGUCCGACGCUCAGACAGCAGCUGCCCACCAUGACCACCCAUGGAUGUUUUUGUUCUCUGGGUUGUUAUUACUAUGAACAGAAACUCUGAAUUCAAAACGAGAUUGUUUUGGUAGAGGGCAGCCGUGUGUUUGAGUCAUGGAAAGCCCCUCCCCCACCUGUCUACAUGGAGUUUUUCUUCUUCAAUAUGACCAAUGUGAUUGCGUUCACCGAAGAGGGGGCCAAGCCAGAGGUCACGCAGAUCGGACCCUACACAUAUAGGGAGUACAGGAAUAAGGACAAUGUGACAAUGGUGGAAAACGGCACGAAGGUGUCUGCAUACAACAGCAAAAGUUUUGUGUUCCUGAGAGAAAAGUCUGUGGGUGACCCAGCUGUGGAUAACAUCACCACUGUCAACAUCCCUGCUUGGGCUGUUAUGAACAAGGUGAAAGGGAGUUUCUGGAAGACAACUAUGGUGUCCAUCUGGAUGAACUCUUUUGGAAGUGGUCUCUUCACUACUCGCACUGUGGAUGAAUUGCUCUGGGGCUACGAAGAUCCCUUGCUGGCUAGAGUCUCUCAAACCAAUCCUGACGUGGAGAAGAUCUUUGGCCUCAUGUACAAGAAAAAUGGAAGUCACAGCGGGGAAUUUAUCUACCGCACUGGGCAGCAGAACUACAUGGAGUAUGGCCACGUCGAAACAUGGAAAGGCAAAAGCGAGCUGAACUUCUGGACGUCUAACCAAAGCAACAGCAUCAAUGGAUCAGAUGGAAGUGCUUUCCAUCCCUUGCUGGAGAAGAAUGAACGCAUUUACAUCUUCACUCCAGACCUCUGCAGGUCGAUCUACAUGGAGUUUGAGAAAGAUGUAGAGGUGAAAGGAAUCCCAGCCUACCGCUUCACACCACCACGCUCUGUUUUGGCCAGCAAAGAGGAAAACCCAGCCAAUGAGGGUUUCUGCGUCAGCCCACGAGAGUGCCUGGGAACUGGCCUUCUUAAAGUCAGUCCGUGUCGGAAAGGUGCCCCAGUGGUCGCCUCCUUUCCUCAUUUUUACCUGGGAGAGGAUAAAUAUGUGGCUGCCAUUGGAGGAAUGUCCCCUCAAAGAGAGCAUCACCAAACGUUCCUAGACCUUAACCCGACCACUGGAGUGAUUGUACGUGCAAACAAGAGGGCGCAGAUAAACAUCUUGAUCAACAGACUCACUGGAUUCCCGAAAACAAGACUCCUGAAUGACACAAUCUUUCCCGUCAUGUUCCUGAAUGAGAGUGUGGUGAUUGAUGAUGCGUCCGCGGCGAGAGUACACAAGCUGCUGCUGAUUGUCACUCUAGUGUCCAACUUCCCGCUCAUUAUUGUGGGACUGGGCGCCAUCAUGCUCGCAGUCUUCAUCAUCCUUCUUCUCUGGGCCCGCAAACGGAAGAAUGAAGUUAAGCGCACUGUGUUUACCAAGCCUCUCUAUGCUACCUCCACUGAAGAGGACACUUCUUACUCUCCAGUCAGCGAUAAGGAAAAGGAAGAUUCUCAAAAUGGAACAUAUAUCGGUUUGACAGAAAAAAAUGAGCCACAAACUUGAGGAGAGAGGGAAUAAUCCGAGGGGGCGUUUGGACAUCGACAACGCUCAGAAAUACAAACAGGGAUUAGGGUUUUCAGGAGAGAGAGAGAGAGAGAGAGAGAGAAAAUUGUCCUUUUAAAUAUCUCCUUUAUGAUUGGAAAUCUUUGAGGGGUGUGGGGGUAGAGGAGGGGAACAUGUUUUAGUCUCAUUCAUAUUGUACUAUAAGUACAUCAUUUUAAAGUCCAGGCCAAACUGUAGUUCCAGAAAAAGUUUGACAUUCAUUCAAAAUCCAGGGCUACAUCUUGCUGUUUAAAUCAGUUGCUGAAAGCUGCAGUUCUCUAACAAAGUAGAGAUGGAGAGCGCACUUUGUGAUUGUCCUAAACAAACAAAAUACACCCUUUAAACCUCAGGUGUGCUAUAGCCUCCCCUCAGUCUGUUUGCCUAGAUCGUACCUUCAGAUUUUAGCGUCUAACCACAAUGUAACACAGAGGGUGAUUUGGGACCAGGGUAAUGAAGCAUAUAAACUGUGAUUAUUUUUAGAUAUCAUACAUCCCUCUCAGGGGGCUUCUGCUUAAUACUAUCAAACAUUAUUGUAACAAAGAAGGGGAGAGAAGCAAUACACACGGCAAGUCUUCUCUUUGUGAAGGCAUUUAAAUCCAUUCAGUAUUACUAUGUUUAAUUUGUGUUACAAAACAUUAUCAUCGCUCAUUAUUGUUUCCCAGUUAUGCACUGUAUUUAGAGGGAUAUAUGUGAACAUCAUUAGCACUGCACCUGAGAAACCUUCAGAGUAUAUUUUUGUAUAUAUACAGUGUAAGGUGUUUUGAACUGUUUACAUUCCUCUCAGUGUAUGAUGGGAAUAUGAGACAAAACCUUGUAUAUUUUGGAUAUUUAAAUUUUUGUAAAAGUUAAUGUAGAAAUGUUUGAUUGAGGAACAACUUUGAGCUUCACAGUUGUCUUCUAGUGCCACAAGGAGCGACACUUUUAUCCGCCAUCUAAAGCGCUGAUACCAGGAUUUUAAUGAUAAAACAAUGAUUCAUACACUGCUGAAUUUGUGUAUGGACAUCAUUGUUUGCCCUGUAUGAAUGAAAAUAUCAAAAUGUGAUUCAGCUUAUUAGCAUUUCAAAAUGCUUUUUUUGAUGCUUUCGCUGAAAGCCUUACUGGCAUCGUUUGAAUAUGACCUGAAUUUUCUUCAAUGUUUAUGAAAGAUUUCAGGAGUCCAGCCAUCGCAACUAAAAACUUAUGAAGGUUCAAUAUAUGAAGAAACACUGCAGUUGUGCCUUUUUAAAGAAUCAAUGUUACUGAAUUGUUUAGCCUUUUUAUAGUUUUUACAUACUUUGUGAAAAGAACGCCAUGUCACACACCAACAAAUCUAGUCUCAAGUGCAUAUCCAGAUACCAAACAGAACUGAGCAUAAAACUGUGAGGAGUUUUUAUAGUUUUUGUCUUGCCGACAGGGUUAAACAGCAUGUUCUUACUCAAGGCUUGUGAAAAGAUGUCAAGUGCCAUUUAAUGUAAUAUAUAAAAUGAUGCAGAAUUACUUGACCCAGCUUUUAUUGCUGCUAUUAUUCUUAGUUGUAUCAUUUUAAGGAUGAAAGAGUUACUUCAUGCUGUCUCCUCUUUACAUGCACUGUGAUAAUCAGCAAUAAAUAUAUCAGACAAUAGCAGAGAAGGUGUAACAAGUUAAUUUGUGUUUGAUGUAUACUUUAAUCAGUACAAUAAGAAAACCUAAUGAAAUAGAAUAAAUUCACAGUGCAUAAUGUGUCAUCAUAAAUUCAUGAGAGGGGGAAUGAAUGGAUACAAGUUAAGUAUAACUUAAGAUAAGCGUUACACAAUAUAAGUGGUGUUGUUAAAAAGGAUAAAUUAUUUUGUUGCAUUGGUAAAACCAAAACACAGAAAGCACCAUACAGACUGCACACUGGGCUUCUUUGUGCAAUGCUUUGAUAACAGAUUGUACUUUAUGUAAUUAUAGUUACUACUAUAGCCACUUACAUGUUGUAUUCUAAUUGUCAGCUUGUUUUGAAACACUGACUGUUGAUACUGUUUUACUGUGUACACAAAAAUAAAAGUAGUUUCAGUAAA